AUGGGACGAAAGUAUUGCGUUAGAUUCAUCAACUCGGCCCCCGAGGCACGCGGCUCCCCUUCCGCUGCUGCUGAUGCGAGCGGUCCUGAGCGGGCAGCGGAUAGUAAACCUGGACCGGCUGCUCCGGGCCAGAGCCGCCAGAUCAUCCGCAGCCGCUUUGGCUGCGCAGAGUGCAGGAACCGCCACGUGAAGUGUGACGAGGCCUUCCCCGUAUGCCAGCGAUGCCAUCGCCGCGGCACCGUGUGUCGCCCCAGGGCCCGGCCUCUUGGGUGGCGCACAGAGAUACCCUGGCUGGCCAAUCCAGGACUCAACCCCCCUUGGAAGACCCGCCCCAACGGCCGCUUGCUGCAGUUCUGGAUGGAGAUUGCCAGCCAUAUCCUGACCAUGAGCCCAGAUCACAAUCCCUUGUCCUUUCCUCUCAUCCCCCUCUUGGCCGAGAGCCCCAGCCUGCUCCACGCCGUGCAGAGCGUCAGCGCCGGCUACGAAGUCUUCUUCCAGCAGUCGAGCCUCGAUCUCUGCUUGACAGAGCGUGGCCUCGCACUCGAGUUCGUCCGCAAGGAGCUCCAGGAGCAUACUGCCGGCAGCCCCAUUUCCCCUGCUUCUGUUCUCAGCGUCUUUGUCUUGGGUAUUUCCGCCUCUUGGGUCGAGACAACUCCAACCACCUACGGUCAGGAGCAUUUAGUUGCUGGAAGAAUCAUGCUCGACAAACUCCUCAGGGACGAAAAGACACGCUCGGAUCCGAUCACUACAUUCCUCCUCGGAUGGUAUCUUCAUUGGGAUAUGGCUUGUUCCUUGGUAGCCUCCUUGGAUGGUUUACUACCCCUCGACCCCCCCGAGAUGGGCUUGACUGUACGUGAAAUGCAGUCCAGUUUCCACCCAAUGACGGGCUUCUCUACAGAGCUGUUUUAUAUCCUCUCGAGGCUUGGUCGCUACUGUCGACAGGUGUGCAAGCAUCCACAGCAACGCGACGAGAUUCUCGAAACCGCAUUCCACCAACAAUUGAUUUCCUGGCAACCCAAGUGCGAGGCACAGGACCACGUCGAUCUGAACGACGCCUUCAAGUACCACGGCCUGAUUACGCUGGGCAGGGUGUGCGGGCAGGCCAGCCAGGCCUCCCUCGACUGGACAAAUGCACCGGGACCGACCGCCGAGGUUGAAGGUGAAGCCAAACUUCGCGAGUAUACCCUCAAGUGUCUGGACGCGACAUCUGCCGUUCCUCUGGAAUCACUCUGCACCAACUACCUGGCGAUUCCACUACUCACCGCCGGGUCGGAGCUGACGAGUGGCGACUUGGCUUCACGAGAAAAAGUAAUUGUAUUAUUUAGGGCCCUGUACUCGCGCAACCGACUUCAAGUGAACAUCUGGGCCAUCGAGUUGCUUGAUGAGCUCUGGGCACUGCGGGAUCUUGGCAUCAAUCUGUCUUGGAUGGAGUUGCAGACGCAAAAACAGUGGGUUCUUCAAUUUGGAUAA